AUGGCCGAAACAAACGAUGAGUCAACACCAAGUGCCAACAAACUUGGUGUUGCUAAACAUGAAUCAUUUGCUCAUGAUGAGCAUGCGAAGGAUUCAGCGCCUGAAUUCGCGGAUAUCGAUAUUUCCUAUGAUAGCAAUGGGCUUAAAGGAAUUCUCAAUUCGCCAUAUGUCUGCGGCGCGGCCCUUCUCGCUUCCUUUGGAGGGUUCUCCUUUGGCUAUGACCAAGGUGUAAUUUCCUUAAUCUUGGUUAUGCCGCAAUUCGUCGACCAAUUCCCUGAAGUAGACAAGAACGCUCCAAGUUAUGGGUUCCACACUGGCUUCAUGACAGGCAUGUUGGAGCUUGGGGCCUUUAUUGGAUGUCUUUUCUUCCCAUAUAUUGCGGACAAGACCUCUCGAAAAUGGGCCAUCAGUGUUGCGACGGGAUUCUUCUGCGUCGGAGCCAUUAUUCAGACCGCUUCGCAAAAUUACGAUACCCUUGUUGCCGGACGCUUCAUUGGAGGUAUUGGAGUCGGGACAUUGGCUAUGGGGGCUCCACUCUACAUUUCUGAAAUUGCACCGCCUAAUCUGCGCGGUUCAUUGAUGGUACUAGAAGCAAUCAGCAUUGUGAUCGGAGCGAUUGUCGCGUACUGGAUUACUUAUGGGACUAGAGCAAUGAGUGGUGACUGGGCAUUUCGAUUGCCUUUUCUCCUCCAAAUCCUUCCAGCCUUGAUGGUGGGCAGUGGAAUCCACUUCUUCCCCUUUUCACCGCGAUGGCUCGCUCUCGCCGAUCGAAAUGAAGAAAGUCUAGAGUGUCUCGCAAAGCUUCGACGCCUUCCUGCAACUGAUGGUACUGUACAGUUAGAAUGGAGAGGAAUCCUUGCGGAAGAUCGAUUCCAGAAACAAAUUCUAGCGAAGGAACAUUCAAACACGGGCGUUGUUAUGAUGGAGAUAAAACAAUGGCUUGACCUAUUUCGUCCGAGGUACAUUAGGAGAACCUUUGUUGCCAUGGCUAUUCCUUUCUUUCAGCAAUUCUCGGGUAUCAAUGCCUUCGUAUAUUAUGCGCCAACAUUUUUCAGCAGUCUAGGGCAGGAUUACGAAAUGUCCCUAAUACUCUCUGGAAUGAUUAACAUUGUUCAGUUCAUCGGCAGCGUCCCUGUAAUACUCUACAUGGACAAAUUUGGCAGGAGAAGACUUGCCAUCUGGGGUGGAAUUGCAAUGGCUAUUCCGCAUAUAAUAAUGGCUGGUAUUAUGAACAAGUUUAGUUCCAGCUGGGCCACUCACCCAGCUGUUGGUUGGUUUGGAGUGGCAUUAGUCUAUAUUUACGUAUUUGCAUACGCUGCCUCCUACGGCCCCCUUGGUUGGGUUCUACCAGCCGAGAUUUUUCCGAGUUCCCGACGAGCGAAGGGUGUCGGUCUCGCUACGGCAGUAAAUUGGCUGGCUAAUUUCAUUAUUGGAACGAUUGUUCCACAGAUGCUUGUCUCUAUUGGCUGGGGUACCUUCCUAUUCUUUGGGCUUUUCUCUACUGCGGCUGCUAUAUUCUCUUUCCUAUUCGUGCCGGAGACUUCUAAUAGAUCUUUGGAGCAGGUUGCUUCGGUUUUUGGGGAUAAUCUCGCAACGGAUGAGCAGGAACUUCGUGCUCGCAUUGAUCGGGAGAUAUGGGAAGAGACGAGCGCUCGCGUCCAUGCCCGCGUGUGA